GUCUUCUCCAAAUUGUUGUACCCCAUCGUGAGAGAGGGGGCUUUGUCUGUCCUGCAGUACAUGCUGCUGAGCUUCCAGCACUCGCAUGAGGCAUUUCACUUGCUGCUCCCUCACAUCCCCAGGCUCGUGGCCUCUCUGAAGAAGGAGGACUCCAACUCUGCCACCAGCUCCCUGGAGCAGCUGGCCGAGCUCAUCCACUGCAUGUUCUUCCGCUUCUCAGGAUUUCCAGAUCUCUACGAGCCAGUCCUAGAAGCAGUUAAAGCUCUUCCUAUUCCAAAUGAAGAUCGGAUUAAACACCUCUUGGGACAAAAUGCUUGGACCUCCCAGAAGAACGAGCUGGCCUGCUUCUACCCACGCCUGGUGUCCAAAUCGGAGACGGGAAAGAUUGGGUUAAUUAACUUGGGAAACACCUGCUACAUGAACAGCAUCAUACAGUCUCUUUUCAUGGCUUCAGACUUUCGGCAUUCGGUGUUGAAUUUAACCGAGGGCAACUCCCAGCCCCUGAUGACAAAGCUCCAGUGGCUCUUUGCGUUUUUGGAGCACAGUCAGCGACCUGCCAUCUCACCCGAGAGUUUCCUCUCUGCCUCCUGGCCACCCUGGUUCACCCCCGGCGCUCAGCAGGACUGCUCGGAGUAUCUCAAGUACUUGCUGGACAGAUUACAUGAAGAAGAAAAAACUGGAAAAAGGAUCUACCAGAAACUCAAGGAAUCCAACUUGAUGUCUCAGGCGGUGGAGCAUCAUUACUUAAACAAGACAUUGAUUGAGAAGAUGUUUGGGGGUAAAAUGAUGACAAAGAUCCGCUGCUUGAAGUGUCUGAAUGUCUCCUCCCGAGAAGAAGCUUUCACAGACCUGUCCCUGGCUUUUCCCCCACCAGACAGGCACAUGCGUGGGAGCACGUCUGUUUUACCGGUGGAAGAAAUCGGCCCACAGUUUAUUGAGCCUCCUGAAAACCCAAGCCAGCUUACGGGGUCUCCCUGGGUCCAGAGGAAGGCCCCCAUGGCCAGAGACCCUGCAGCCCCGCCGAUGCCAGUGGAAACAUUGGGUUUCCAGGAGCCAGGAGAAGCAGCAAAUCCCUCAAGUGGCAAUGCCGUUGGCGUGGACGCAGCCACAACCGCUCACUCGGCUUUUGGGGAGCAGGCGUGUGCUCGCAAGGACUCCAGGUCCGUCCCAGAUUUAAUCAACUAUUUCCUAUCCCCAGAGAGACUGACAGCAGAGAAUAAAUACCACUGUGAGAAAUGCGCGUCCUUGCAAGACGCUGAGAAGGUGGCCGAGCUGACAGAGGGUCCACACUACCUCAUCCUAACGCUGCUGCGGUUCUCCUUUGACCCACGGACUAUGAAGAGGAAGAAGAUCUUGGACAAUGUCUCCAUCCCCGUGGUGCUCAAGCUGCCCGUCCUUGUCACCCCAGAGGAAACUGAGGAGGUUUGCCAGAGUGGGAAGGACAGGGCUGCCCCAGGAAGUGGCUUCAUGUCUGUUGUGUAUGACCUCUGCAGCGUGGUGGUGCAUUCAGGCAUCUCCUCCGAGAGCGGCCAUUACUACUGCUACUCCAGGGAGUGCACCGACACUGUCCCCCUCGGGCAGCCCCGGGACGGGGCACCGAAACCGGCCUCCGACAAGCAGUUGGACUUUGAAAUCCAGUGGUACCUCUUCAAUGACACCAGAGUUUCGUUCUCCUCCUUCGAAUCGGUCAGCAACGUCACCUCUUUCUUCCCCAAAGACACUGCCUACGUCCUCUUCUACAGGCAGCGGCCGGGCAGGCAGAGCUGCCCACUGCACGAGUCUCUGGCUGAGGCUGGCCGCCUGCACGGCGAACCCUCCCUCCAUAAGGACUUGAUGGAAGCUAUUUCCAAAGAUAACAUCCUCUACUUGCAGGAGCAGGAAAAAGAAGCGAGGAACAGAGCUGCCUACAUUUCUGCCUUGCCGAAAUCCCCGCUGUGGUGGAGAGACUUUGACAGGGACAAGGAUGAUGACAGCUCGUCGGGGGGCUGCAGCCCGGCGGCGGGCGGGGGCGGAUCCGGCUCCUUUCAUGGACUCGUCUUCUAG